AUGCUUUACGGAUAUGACGCUGGAGUUUUAGGCGGUAUUCAAUCAACCCCGCAAUUUCUCGAUGCUAUCGGUAACCCUAAAGGGGUCUUUAUUAUCCCCAUCAUUGCAUCGAUCUACAACCUCGCCGCCGCUGCCAUGUCUCUUGCGGUGACACUGUUCGGCAUGCAACUCGGAAGACGCAAGACCAUUCUGCUGGGAGACUUACUCAUAUGCAUUGGUGCAGCUAUUCAAGCCUCAUCCUACUCAGUUGGUCAGAUCAUCGUGGGUCGUAUCAUCUGUGGCUGUGGUAUCGGUUGCAUCGCCAGCGCCGUGCCCACUUAUAUGGCAGAAAUGUCUCUCGAGGCGCGAGAGCGAGGCCCUGAAGUCUGCUGGCAACUCGCAUUGCUGAUUAGUGGAGUUGCACUCGCAUACUGGAUCGAUUUCGGCUUUGUUCAAGGUCUCGAAACUCGACCGUACCUGUGGCGCGUUCCCAUCGCUAUGCAAGCCUGUUUCGCCAUCUUCUCCGCUGGUGGCUUGAUAUUCCUCCCUGAUACUCCGAGAUGGUACUACUAUCGCAACCGUAUUCCCGAAGCUGAUGCCAUUUUGGCAAGGCUUCAUGGUCUCCCUGAAGACCAUCCGACGGUGCAGGCACAGAAGAACGAGGUCCUGGCAUCGAUUAACGAAGAAGAUAACGCGAAGUUCAACCUCAUGCACCUCUUUUGGGAUAAUUCGGACUACCAGGUUGGUCGCCGCCUUCGAACCAGCUUCCUCAUUCUGUUUGCGCAACAAUUCCUGGGAAUUAACAUGCUCGUCUAUUUCUCCACGACCAUAUUCCUGAAGCUCGGCUACAGCCACUUCCUCUCCGGAAUUUUGGCCGCUGUACUGAAUACCGUCUUCGCUCUUGCUUCUUACCCGCCAGUUUGGUACAUUGAGAGGAUCGGACGUCGCUCUAUGAUGUUCUGGACAUCCAUCGGCUGCGGCAUCUGCAUGCUCGUCUACAUUGUUCUCACGACUCUUCCCGAAUCCUCCCAAAACGUAGGUACAAACUGGUCUGCGGUCGCCAUGAUCAUGCUCUACAUGGUAGUCUUCGGCUUUGGCUGGCUGGGUCCUCCGUGGAUCUACGGUCCCGAGAUCGCUCCGUUAAAGUAUCGACACGUUGCUGGUGGACUCGCGGCAUGCGGUGAGUGGCUUUCUACUUGGGUCAUGGUCUUCGGUGGCGGAACCGGCAUCGAGGCUGUGGGUCCUAAGAUCUUCAUUUGGCCAUUGAUCUGCUGCUUCAUUGCGGCAGCUUACGUGUGGUUCUGCUGCCCCGAGACGACUGGUCGCACGCUCGAGGAGAUUGAUUACUUGUUCGCAAAGCAGCAUGUGCGCGAUCGCAUGGAUCAGAUGGGUAUUGGUGCUGCAGGAGACAUGAGGAGACAUUCCGUGCAAAGUAUCGAGAAAGGAACGGGCGACGCACGGCACACUGAGAAGUUAGAUUCGUCGAGUUCGGAGGAGGUUUAA